CUCCCCGCUCUCUCCACCCGCAGCGGCUGCACUAUGGAGGGAGAGAGGAGGUGGGGCGCUCAGCUGGACGGAGGAGGCGGCGGCGGCGGUGACCGAAGCGGGCAACCAUGGACGGGUAUCAAGACUUUGCUGCAGGCCAGGCCUCUGUAGGAAAGCCCCCAGCUUAGCCGCCUCUGCUGCUGCCCCCGUCUCUUCUCCUGCAUUCCUCCGUGCAAUGACCCCGCGACAGCUUCUGUGAUGUAUGCGCCAGAGUGCAAGGCGGAGGUGACCCCUUCACACAACGGCAGUCGCACCUUCAGCUACACCCUGGAGGACCACACCAAACAAGCUUUCAACAUUAUGAAUCAGUUGCGCCUAAGUCAGCAACUCUGUGACGUCACCUUGCGGGUCAAAUACAAGGACAUCCCCCCGGCCGACUUCCAAGCCCACAAAGUGGUGCUGGCCUCCUCCAGUCCAGUCUUCAAGGCCAUGUUCACCAUGGGCCUCCGGGAGCAGGGUAUGGAGAUAAUCCCCAUUGAGGGCAUCCACCCCAAAGUCAUGGAGCGCCUGAUCGAGUUUGCCUACACCGCCUCCAUUUCCGUGGGCGAGCAGUGCGUGCUGCACGUUAUGAACGGGGCCGUCAUGUACCAGAUAGACAGUGUGGUGAAGGCCUGCUGUGACUUUUUGGUGCAGCAGCUGGACCCCAGUAACGCCAUUGGCAUCGCCAACUUCGCCGAACAGAUUGGAUGUACUGAACUGCACCAGCGGGCGCGGGAAUAUAUCUACAUGAAUUUUGGAGAGCAGAAACAAGUACCUGAUGUAACAUCUCCUUUUUUCCCUUGCAGGUACGAGCCGGAGCGUGAUGAAUGGCAGUCAGUGGCUCCUAUGCUGACACGGCGGAUUGGGGUGGGCGUGGCUGUGCUGAACCGCCUUCUGUAUGCCGUGGGGGGCUAUGAUGGCACGAACCGCCACAACACUGCCGAAUGCUACUACCCAGAGCGGGAUGAAUGGGAGAUGCUUGCAUCAAUGAAAACUAUUCGGAGUGGAGCAGGUAAUGCGCAGCAGCAGGAAUUGAAUUGA